CUCCAGACGUGACCACAGCCCCCAGACGCCAGUUCCGCCUUCCCCACCCGCCGUCGUCCGUCACCGCCAGUUCCGGCUCCCUCACCCCUUCCGGCUUCAAGUUGAGGCAGCUGCUGUUCGUUCAUUACAACAUCGCACCCCAGUUCCGGCUGCUGCUGCUCCCUCAUCCCCUGCUCGACCACUACCACACUUGGAACCGGAAACAGGGUGAUAUCGAGCAAUGGGUGAACCCGUGAAGGGAACGGUGACGUCUUUAUCUUCAAUUUUCGCACCGGAGGACGCCCAAAAGGCCUCCGUACAUGUUCAAGAAGUUAUAUCCGAACGCCAGAAAGAGGUUCAACAGUUGCAAGCCUUCCUUAAUGAUAACACCAGUCUUGUUAAUCUUGUCAAGAAGCUUCCAGAUCAACUCCACCACGAUAUAAUGGUUCCUUUUGGGAAGGCAGCCUUCUUUCCUGGCAAAUUGAUACAUACCAAUGAAUUCAUGGUUCUAUUGGGAGAAGGCUACUACGCUGAAAGAACGUCCAAACAAACAGUUGAGAUUCUGAAAAGAAGAGGACAGGGUUUAGAGUCACAGAUUGAAUCGCUUAAUGCUGUAAUAAAGGAUCUCAAGUUUGAGGCCUCGUUCUUUGAUGAGACAGCUACUGAGGCUGCUGAGGGUAUUGUAGAAAUCAGAGAAGACUUUGUCGAGGAAGCUUUUGAUGAAGAUAAGGCCACAACAUCAGGUGACGAUGAUUUUGCACGUAUUUUAUCCCGGAUUGAUGAACUUGAAAAGGAAGAACUUGAAUCUGAACUUGCUGAAGAAGGUGAAGAGAAAGAAGAGGCUGAUGAGGCUGAUAUUGAACCUGAGUUUAGAAAUUUAGAGAUCAAAGAGUUGCUAGAUAUUCCUGUAUCCAAAGAUUCACAUAUAAAAGUCCCAACACCCAGUGGAUCAAACACUCCGGUGAUGCCUGUAGACCAUAACAUAUUGAAGGAGGGUUUGUCCCAUGCACCUAUGUCAAGGGAUGAAGUAGAGGUUUCUACCUUAGUAUCAAGCUCGAGCAAUGUCAGUAGCAAAACAAGGGUUGCUGCAUCAAGCUCGAGCAAUGCCAGUAGCAAAACAAGUGUUCCUGCAUCAGGCCCGAGCAAUGCCAGUAGCAAAACAAGUGUCGCUGCAUCGAUGUCAAAGGAGGUAUCCAAUUUUGGUUCGCGCUCAAGCAAUGAUAAGGCCUUUACGGGUUCUAUAGUGGAACACACCCAUAACAUCGAGAACAGUCAAAAGGGUCAAACAUCUGCACCUGCACCUACACCUGCAUCUAAACCCGUGUCUAGAUUCAAGCUACAAAGAAAAUAGCUACACAAUGGUUUUACAGAACUAGAUGCACUCACUUUUUGAUAGCAUUCGGCUCACUUGAUCUAUUAGACCUUUGUGGUUAAAUAUUUUUAUCUUCGCUUGUUUUACCUGCUAUAAAGUCAACUCAAAUUGACCCAUUUGGGUCAAAAUGCCACCCAAUUUAAGAAUAUGGAGAAUGUUUAAAAAAUCUAUUUUUCACC